GUUUUAGAUGCUUCAUGACGGCUUAACUAUAAAUACGUGGAUCCGGUGGUUGGUAUUAUCAGAAUCCCAAGAACAGAAGUAGAAGUCGCCAUGCGUCCAAUUUUUGCGCUAUCCCUGGUCGUCCUGGCCAAUUUGGUUGUCCUGGCAUUACAGGCAGAUACCACCUCGCCGACAUCCUCGACAUCGCCGACAUCCUCGACCUCGCCCACAAGCUCUACCUCCCCGACGAGCUCCUCUUCAUCUGAUACCACGACAUCUAACACCACUACCACAACAGCCUCCACCACUACUACCACCACCACUGAGGAGACCAAGAAGAGGCAUCGUCGCAGACACCGCAGGCACCGCAGGAGGAGGGUCAUCAUCAUCCGACGUGGAGAAGGAGAGAGGCGCCGCAGGUACCGCGAUGACGAUGCCGAUGGCGAAAGAAAUGACGAUGGUGGUCGUGUCGUCAGGCGCUAUCGCAUUCGUGAACGCCGUGUCGGUCGCCGUGGCUUUCGCCGUUUUAACCGCUUCUAAGGAUCUAGAUACGAAUUUCUUUGCAAAAUAAAUAAAAA